ACUUUGGGACACGCGCACAUUGGUGUUUCCACGGUGACCUGUAUGAAAAUAUGAGCGGAACGCUGUACGAAUGUCAACAGCAGCAGUUCAUCAUCAGGACUGACAAUUAACAGGGUUACUACCAAAUUAAAACUGAAUGAGACAUCAUGCUGGGGAAUGGAGGGUUAUAUACGGUGAAGAAGAGGAAGAGACCCGCUCACAAGAGUUGUGGCCUUGAGACUAAACAUGACGACGGCACCAAAUCAAAUCCUUCAAAGCGUCACAGAGACCGGCUGAACGGGGAGCUGGGCAAACUGACGGUUCUUCUGCCGCUGCCAGAGGAGGUCCGAGCCCGACUGGACAAACUCAGUGUGCUCAGACUCAGUGUGGGAUACCUCAAGAUCAAAAACUACUUCACUGCUACAUUAAGGAAGAAUUGGGUCCCUGAGUUUUUCUGUAAUGAUGAUGCCGGCAUCGGCGUCUCUGAAGCUGAUCUGCUGCUUCAAGCCCUGACUGGUUUUGUCCUGGUCGUGUCCACAGAUGGCUCCAUCUUCUAUGCCUCGCCCACCAUUCAGGACUACCUGGGUUUCCAUCAGUCUGACGUGGUUCAUCAGAGCAUGUUUGAUCUGAUCCACAUCGAUGACCGGGUCACAUUCAGAUGCAAGUUGCACUUUGCCCUCGACCCCGAGUCCAGCAUUGAUGGGCCAGUGGGCAGUGAGAGGAUUCCUCCAGAGAACUCGUCCUUCCUGGAGAGGAGCUUCUGCUGUCGUCUCCGCUGCCUUCUGGACAACUCCUCCGGCUUCCUGGCGCUCAAUUUUCAGGGACGGCUGAAAUAUCUUCACAGACAAGACCGGACCACAGAGGGCAAAGCAUCGGGUCUCUCAGAGCUCGCCCUGUUUGCCACCGCCACCCCCGUUCAGCCCCCUGCUCUCCUAGAAAUCAGGACCAAGACCCUCUUUUUCCAGACCAAACACAAACUGGAUUUUACGCCAGUGGGCAUGGACACCAGGGGGAAGGUGGUUCUGGGUUACACUGAGCAGGAGCUGUGCAUGAGAGGAUCUGGAUAUCAGUUCAUCCAUGCUGCUGACAUUAUGUACUGCGCUGACAAACACUUACGCAUGAUGAAAACAGGAGAGAGCGGUUUCUCCAUCUUCAGGCUCUUGAGUAAGACCGGCGUGUGGAUCUGGGUCCAGGCCAACGCUAGAAUGGUGCUCAAGGCAGGCAAACCCGACUUCAUCAUCUGCCAUCAGAAACCGUUGACAAAUUAAGAAGGCGAGGAGCAACUCCGUCAAAGGCAACUGCAGCUUCCCUUCAACUUUGCGACUGGAGAGGCUCUCCUGUACGAAACCUCCCCCUCUCUGAUGAUCCCGGGGCUGCAGGAUCAUCCAUCCAGCAACGCCGUACAUCCCGACUCCCUCCUGGGCUCCUUACUGAGUCAUGACCUCUCCGUCUACAACCGGCCCCCGGAGCCAGCGUCUCACUUCUCUCUGAAGGACGUCUUCAUGGACAGCCAUGCCCUGCUCAGCGUUCCCAACAGCAUCCGAUGGGAUUUCACCUCCCAGGCCAUGCCAGACUCUCCAGACAUAGUGACAGAGUCCUUAAAGAGCAGCUGAAGGAAAAGGAAGAAGCUCUACUGCAGCUACAGGAAGAGGAACCCAUCCAACUCAAUGACAUUCUGGCCAAUGAUGUUUUCUCAUAUGUCGAAGACGCUCUGUUGAGAGAGACUUCAGCCAGAGGCAUCAACCAGAACAUGUUAAACGGUCCUACAUCUCAAAGUGACACCACUGGGCGGCAACAAAACUCUGUGUUGCCAGGCAACCAGAUAAUGAGAUGUGA